AUGUCUGCCCACACUACCCCCUUCGCCAGCUCGUCGCGAUCGUCGUCGCAGCGCACGGACGUCCUCAGCAACGACGACGAAGAUAUCUUCGACACCAGCAUCGACAUUUCCUACUCCCAUGACGAGGGCUACUCCUUUGACGCGUCCUCGCCAAUCUCAUCGCCCGGCGGUCCCGUCGACUCGUCGCCGCCGUCAUCUCCUGGCCUGAUGGGGAAUGCUUUGGACGACCAAGACGAGGAGAUGCCCAAGGCCCCAGCCCCAGCAGCGAGCACGUCCAGUCGCAUCUCUGAUCUAUACGCCGCAACGGGCCCGAAUGACAAGUGGAAACCGCCCAGCCGGGAGAAGGGCGCCCCAAAGAGGCCGCACGGAGACAGCGAGAGCGUUCUGGAGCCGAAGCGUCAGAAGCUAUCGAUGCCGCCGCCGCCCCCGACGUCACGACCAUCACGCCCUGUGCGCUCGACCGUGCUCAAGCCCGACCCGCUGCAGGAUGCGGUCGAUGCCGCCUUCGAGGCGACGAACCUUGUCAUCGAUGUCUCGGAGAAGGGGCUGACCGAGCUGAGGCCGGAUCCUCUGCAACAGCUCAAGAAAAUGGUCGUCAUUCCUCAGGACCAGGAGACUGUGCAUGCCCGCUCGGCGUCGUCGCGCACCUUUUCAAAGUCGACGUCCUUCAGCCGAGUGCCCUCGGCUAGUCUAGCCGGGACGCCCAGCCAUACCAUCCGCUUCAUGGCGUCUAAGAACGCCAUCACGAAGCUGCCGCGAGAGCUCUUUGACCUCACACGACUAACAACCCUUGAUCUACGCCACAAUCGUAUCACCCACGUCCCUGCAGGCAUCGGCCUACUCAUCAACCUCGACAACCUCUGCCUCAGCAACAACCCAAUUCGCUACCUCCCCGCAGAGAUUCUCCAUCUCCACAAGCUCAAGCACCUCCUCCUCUUCCCCAACAGCAGGAUGCGGGUCAAGAGCUCCCCGCACCGCACCGUUGACGAGACGCACUGCUUCGGCGAGAGCAGCGUCCCCCAGCUCACGGAGCUCAUGCUGCGCAAACUACUCGCGCCGCACCAUACGACCUCCACUGGCGAGUGCCAAACCUAUAUGGAGGCGAAGUUCACCCUCCCGAUCACACACUACUUCUCCCCUGUUCGCCCGUGCCCGCCUCAUAUUCUGCGUGUCCUCGCCGAUUGUCUGCCGCGCUCCGUCCCUGUUGGACGACAGAGCUCGUCGACCGAACAACACGGCCUAUUGACGUUGCCAGUCCGCGCUCACGGCCCCGCCUCGAUUUUCAUGUCCGACUUCACCACGGAGGAGGAUGCGCGCGAGGACCCCAACGAGGUGCGCGCGAUCGACGCCGACGAGCAGUACGAGGUCCUACGCUGCCCGAACCCCGCGCACGGCCGAAGCCGGACUUCCUCCCAGGGCAGCAGCCAGGCGCACGACGAGCGUGGCCCUGUCUUCAUUCACCCACUCGAGGUGCGCUUCACGUGGGAGACGCAGUUUGGGCUGGCGAUCCCCGGUGGGGCGAUCCCGGUGCGCUGGCGGGGGUGCUCGUGGGGGUGUUUGGACUUUUUGGGCGGGGAGGAGGCAGACGGGGAAGAGAAGGGCUUUUUGCAUGCGGACGACGACGAUGAAGAGGAGAUCCACGCCGUUACAGGGCUUGGGACUGGGGUUGGGACCUUCAGUGAUGAUGAGGAUGCUUGA